CCGCACGCCGCCCAGCGGGACCACAGCCAUGGAGGCAGGGAAAAAGCGCCAGGAUAAAGACACGUCAAAAGGAAAAAAGCCACCUCAGGAUGCUUCAGGCACGGCUCCAACAGAAGGAAAGGCAAAGUCAAAAAGCCGUAACACAUACAGACUGGAGCCACGUACUAAAGUUCAGGAUGACUUAUUGAGAGACAAAGCUCAAGCAAUACUAACAAAUAAACUACAAGAAGCCACAUACGAUGGAGCUUCUAGUCCCUUCUUGUGUGCUUCAAUAUCAGAAGAAAUAUUAAAUGCUGUGAAGGAAUUGGACUAUGACCGAUAUAAGUAUGUGGUAUCAGUGCUAAUUGUGGAAAAGGCAAAUCAGGCAAUGAUUGUUGCCAGCAGAUGCCUCUGGGAUGCUGAAAGAGACACUUGGGUUUCAGCUAAAUGUGAAACUGAUACAUUUAUUGCACUGGCUUUGGUAAUGGCUUGUUAUUAUGACUAAAACUCUGAAAGUCACAGCUGCAUUCGUGCAUCACAAUACAUGGUAUAUUUGAAAAUUUUCAAAACAUCAUUAUUUUAGUAUUUAUAUUUGUCCUAUUGGUGUUGGCACAUUCAAACUGACAUACAGUUGAGAUAAUUUUGCUCGGUUUUGCUCUGUUUAAAAAAAAAACCCAAACAAAACUGCUUUGGAAAUGUUUAUGGUUGAGUACAUAUGGGCUUCAUCUGUUGUAAUGCUCUGCUGUGGAAGUGGGAGCAGCUGGUGUAAGGCCAAACAUUGCAAAAUUUUGAAUGUUGCUUGUCUCUUGAGUGCCUAGGACUGUUCACCAAUGCUUAU